AUGGUCCUGACACGCUUGCCAGCGGCGCUCGUCGCCGGCGCCCUGCUCACCGCCACGAGCAUGGCGCUGCCCGCCGGCACCUCUCCGUCGACGCCACUGCUGGAGCCGCGGCAGUCGGCCACGUUCACGAACCCCAUCCUGUGGGAGGACCUGCCGGACAUUGACGUGUUCCGCGUGGGCGACGUCUUCUACAAGACGACGUCGACGUUCGCCUUCAGCCCCGGGGCGCCGGUGCACAAGUCGUACGACCUGGCCAACUGGACGCCCGUGUCGCACUCGGUCCCGCGCCUCGACUUUGGCAACGAGUACAACCUCAACGGGGCCGGGUCGCGCGCCUACGUCAAGGGCAUCUGGGCCAGCUCCAUGCGGUACCGCGCCAGCAACGACAUGUUUUACUGGAUGGGCUGCAUCCAGAGCACGGGCAAGACCUACGUCUACACCAGCGCCGGCAGCCGCGCCAAGGACAACAACGGAGAGGCCCAGAGCUGGAACUGGAAGCAGAGCUCGGUUAUCAACAAGUGCUACUACGACAAUGGGAUCUUGGUUGACGACAACGACACCAUGUAUGUCGUCUACGGCAACAGGAAGCUCACCGUGGCCCAGCUGUCGGCCGACGGUCUGAGCGAGGUCCGCUCCCAGCAGGUCUAUGACAGCGGGGACAUUUACCUCGAGGGUGCGCACAUGUACAAGAUCAAGGGAUUCUACUGGAUCGUCCCAACCAAAGUCGCCUCGGGCGAGUACGUACUCCGAUCCCGCUCCCCCUUUGGCCCCUACGAGGCUCGCGUGCUUUUCGACAACGUCCCCGGGCCCCUCAGCAAUGCCGGCUGGGCGCAUCAGGGCGGCAUGGUCGACACCAAGGACGGCAACUGGCACUACAUCGCCUUCCUGGACGCGUACCCGGGCGGCCGCAUCCCCGUCAUGGCGCCGCUGACCUGGACCAGCGACAACUGGCCGCAGCUGGUCAAGGACAGCCAGGGCCGCUGGGGCACCUCGUACCCCAUGCCGGUGCGCACCUCCAAGACCGUCCCGGGCCCCCGGGGCGUGGACCUCUUCACGGGCUCCGCCCUCGGCCCCAGGUGGGAGUGGAACCACAACCCGGACGCGAGCAAGUUCCGCCUGGCCGGCGGCAGCGGCGGGUUGGUCCUGCAGACGGCGACCGUGACGGACGACCUGUUCAACGCGCGCAACACGCUCACGCACCGCAUCACAGGCCCGCGGACCACGGCGACCUUGCAGCUCGACAUCAGCCAGAUGCGCGACGGCGACCGCGCCGGCCUCGCCAUGUUCCGCGACAAGGCCGGCUACAUUGGCGUGCACCGGGCCAACGGCAACGCGCAGCUGGUGCGGCUCAACGGCGUCAACCUCGGCUCCGGCUGGGUCACCGAGAGCAAGGGGAGCGUGGUGGCCACGGGGCCCAACGUCACCGGGGGCAAGGUGUGGCUGCGCGUCGACGCCGACAUCACCCCGGCGUUUGGCCUGCAGCCGGUCCGCCAGGCGAAUUUCAGCUACAGCACGGACGGCAACACCUUUACCAACCUCGGCCCCUCGUUCACCAUGAUCAACGAGUGGAACUUUUUCACGGGGUAUCGCUUCGGCGUCUUCAACUUUGCCACGCAGGCUCUCGGUGGCCAGGUCACCGUCAAGGGGUUUGCCAAUGACGGGAGCACUCCGAAGAAUGGUUGA